UUUUUUUUUUGGCAUAGACAAUAAAUAAUUUUUUUUUUUGCUAAAACGCGUCCUGCCUAAGCAAAUUGGCAAUAAUUUUUUUUGGUUUACGUUUUUUGCGGUUAUCGAACGGAAAUGUAAACUACUCGCCCCCGCCAGAAAACGAGCCUCGCUUCCUGUAAAUUAAGAACCAAACAACAACAACAACAAGAAGAAAAAAACAAUUACUUUCAAAAGUUGCAUAAUACAGCAGAAGGAACAACAAUUUGUAUAAAUAUAAAACAAAGUAAAGUAAGCGGUAAUUAAAAAAGCAUAAACAAUAAGAAAUUAAAGACGGAAGUGCGGUAACAAAAAAAAAGACAUUUGUAAAUAUAUUUUUUUUUUUGAAAUUUGUUGUGAUUAAAUUGUAAGCGGCGCUUACACUUUUUGCUGCUUGUGGGGAACGCUGCGUGUGAAGAGCUAAACUAAGCUUUAAUUGCCACAUCCAAAGAAGAAAAAAGUUUAUAAAAAAAUAAAGCAGCGUCAGCAGGAACAGCAGAGGCCAGCAAGAUGACUGGUUUUACCAAUGCCGGCUUUGAGAACGAUGAGCCCGUCAAGCCAAAAGCUGGUUUCGAGCCAGACACCGCUUCGCUGCGAGAGAAAGUUGUGCUGAAUCCGGCCGAGAAAUGGCGCAUCUUAAAGAAUAUCUCGAUCAUAUCAAUUGCGUUUAUGGUGCAAUUUACCGCCUUUCAGGGCACAGCAAAUUUACAAUCAUCGAUCAACUCGAAGGAUGGCCUGGGCACAGUCUCGCUGAGCGCCAUCUAUGCCGCCCUGGUGGUCUCCUGCAUCUUUCUGCCCACGCUCAUCAUUCGCAAGCUGACCGUGAAGUGGACCUUGGUCUGCAGCAUGCUCUGCUAUGCGCCGUACAUUGCCUUCCAGCUCUUUCCACGCUUCUACACGCUCGUGCCCGCGGGCAUAUUGGUGGGCAUGGGAGCGGCGCCCAUGUGGGCAUCCAAGGCAACGUAUUUGACGCAGGUGGGUCAAGUGUAUGCCAAGAUCACUGAACAGGCAGUCGAUGCGAUCAUUGUGCGCUUCUUUGGCUUCUUCUUCCUGGCCUGGCAAUCCGCUGAGCUCUGGGGCAAUCUCAUCUCCAGCUUGGUUCUCUCCAGCGGUGCUCAUGGCAGCGGCAGCAGCACCAGCGCCAACACAACCAUCAGCGAGGAGGAUUUGAUGUUCUGUGGCUCCAACUUCUGCACAUCCGGCACUGGCGGUCAUGGCAAUCUGGAGCGUCCGCCAGAUAAUGAAAUCUUUGAAAUCUCCAUGAUCUAUUUGACCUGCAUUGUCGCCGCUGUUUGCAUUAUUGCCUUCUUCCUGGAUCCUCUGAAGCGUUAUGGUGAGAAGCGCAAGGGCUCCAAUUCGGCUGCCGAAUUGUCGGGACUGCAACUGCUCUCAGCCACUUUCCGCCAGAUGAAAAAACCCAAUCUGCAGCUGCUCAUACCGAUUACUGUCUUCAUUGGCAUGGAGCAGGCAUUCAUUGGCGCCGAUUUCACUCAGGCCUAUGUCGCCUGCGCCUUGGGCGUACACCAGAUUGGCUUCGUCAUGAUCUGCUUUGGGGUGGUCAAUGCGCUCUGCUCUAUUCUGUUUGGCUCCGUGAUGAAAUAUAUUGGACGCACGCCCAUCAUUGUGCUGGGCGCUGUUGUGCACUUUACGCUCAUCUCUGUGAUGCUCUUCUGGCGUCCCAGUCCCGACAAUCCGCUCAUCUUCUAUGCCAUGUCCGGUCUCUGGGGCGUCGGCGAUGCCGUCUGGCAAACCCAAAUCAACGGUCUCUACGGUCUGCUCUUCAGACGCAACAAGGAGGCCGCCUUCUCCAACUAUCGCCUCUGGGAAUCCGCUGGCUUCGUCAUUGCCUAUGCCUAUGCCACAACACUCUGCACUCGCAUGAAGCUCUACAUACUGCUGGCCGUGCUGACGCUCGGCUGCAUUGGCUACGUCAUUGUGGAGAUUCUCUACAGAAAGAAGCAACGCAAGGUUAAGAAGCAGGAGAAGAUCGAGGCCGCUGAGAAGGAGAAAGAGGCUGCCAUGGCUGCGGCUGCUUAA